AUGCCGACCAACGGCCUACAUCAGGUACUGAAGAUCCAGUUUGGCCUUGUCAAUGACACCGACCGCUACUUAACAGCUGAGAGCUUUGGCUUCAAGGUCAAUGCCUCAGCUCCCAGCCUCAAGAGGAAGCAGAUGUGGGUGCUGGAGCCUGACCCUGGGCAGGGCACAGCAGUACUGCUCCGCAGCAGCCACCUGGGCCGCUACCUGUCAGCAGAGGCAGACGGGAGUGUAGCCUGUGAGGCAGAGCGGCCAGGUCCUGACUGCCGCUUCUUGGUCCUGCCACAACCUGACGGGCGCUGGGUACUGCAGUCAGAGCCGCAUGGCCGCUUCUUUGGUGGCACUGAGGACCGGUUAUCUUGCUUUGCCACAGCCAUCUCCCCAGCAGAGCUGUGGACUGUACACCUGGCCAUCCACCCACAGGCCCACCUGCUGAGUGUCAGCCGGCGACGCUAUGUGCAUCUGUGCCCACAGGAGGAUGAGAUGGCAGCAGAUGGGGACAUGCCAUGGGGUGUGGAUGCACUGCUCACUCUCAUCUUCCAAAGCCGACGGUAUUGCCUCAGGUCCUGUGACAGCCGCUACCUGCGCAGCGAUGGCCGCUUGGUGAGGGAACCCGAGUCCCAUGCCUGUUACACACUGGAGUUCAAGGCGGGCAAGCUGGCCUUCAAGGACUGCGAUGGCCGCUACCUGGCACCUGUGGGGCCUGCAGGCACACUCAAGGCCGGCCGCAACACACGGCCUGGCAAGGAUGAGCUUUUUGAUCUGGAGGAGAGUCACCCACAGGUGGUACUGGUGGCUGCCAACCGCCGCUAUGUUUCUGUGAGGCAAGGCAUCAAUGUCUCAGCCAAUCAGGAUGAGGAGCUGGACCACGAGACCUUCCUGAUGCAAAUUGACCAGGAGACAAAGAAGUGUACCUUCUACUCCAGCACUGGGGGCUACUGGACCCUGGUCACCCAUGGGGGCAUUCAGGCCACAGCCACACAAGUAUCUGCCAACACCAUGUUUGAGGUGGAAUGGCGCGGCAGGCGAGUGGCACUGAAAGCCAGCAAUGGGCGCUAUGUGUGCAUGAAGAAGAACGGGCAGCUGGCAGCCAUCAGUGAUUUUGUGGGCUGGGGUUCACCUCGGGGACCCCACUUGACCACCUGGGCAGAGAUGGUGGCAGCUGGGGUCCCCACAGUGCCUUCUCCUACAGGUGAGGAUGAAGAGUUUGUCCUUAAGCUCAUCAACCGGCCCAUUCUGGUGCUGCGUGGUCUGGAUGGCUUUGUCUGCCACCGGCGCGGCUCCAACCAGCUGGACACCAACCGCUCAGUGUACGAUGUCUUCCACCUGAGCUUCAGUGAUGGUGCCUAUCACAUUCGAGGCCGUGGCGGUGGGUUCUGGUACACAGGCAGUCAUGGAACCGUAUGCAGUGACGGUGAGCGCGCCGAGGAUUUCCUCUUUGAGUUUCGAGAACGUGGCCGCCUGGCGAUCCGAGCCCGAAGCGGCAAGUACCUGCGCGGCGGGGCUUCAGGACUGCUGCGUGCCGACGCCGACGUGCCUGCCGGGGUGGCGCUCUGGGAGUACUGA